AUGAGCGCUCCGGCUCGCGUCUUUCACCAUGGCCCCAAGCCCGUCUCCCUGAUCGAGUUCCGCGAUGCCCUCGAAGCGGUAUGCCUCCCGCGCUUCCCGACCGUGCGCUUUGCGCGGCCGCGGCGCGUCGCGCUCGCCGUGAGCGGCGGAGUCGACUCCAUGGCCAUGGCCUUCCUCUUCUCGAGCCUCUUCAAGACCCAUCGAGCCCUCAAGAUAGCCGACAACCCCGCCGAGAGCGCAUUCGGUAUCAUAGUCGAUCAUCAGCUGCGGGAGGGCAGCGGCGCCGAGGCCUCUAGUGUGGCACAGGAGCUCAAGAGGUUUGGCAUGAAGGCAGUCAUCAAGCCGCUCAACUGGAGAGACGUCCGACGCGAUGGCAUGGAUCCCGCCAGCCUGCCCAAUCUCGAAGGCGUGGCGCGCACGAUGCGAUAUCAGAUGCUGGGAUUGACCUGUCGCUAUCUUCAGGCCACGAGCCUCUUCUUCGCCCACCACCGUGACGACCAUUACGAGACGGUCCUGAUGCGCCUGCUGGCUGGCCACGGCUAUCGGGGCUUGCAAGGCAUCCGCGCUGCCAACGCGAUACCCGAGUGCUACGAGCUGCACGGCGUUUACAAGAGUGGGCUUCUCGACGAUCAGAUGCAGCGGCAUCCUUUCCUCAGCUUCAAGCCCCCAAACAAGGAAAUGAAGCGGCUUAGGAUGAUUUUGAGAAAUGACUUUCAUGAUGAGCCCUGGAGUCAUAUAAAGACGUACCUAGGCAUCAACGACAUGUCUGCGCAGUUCCCCGGCCACAUCACUCGCGAUAUCGAUCCCCGGGUGCCAUAUCUGACGCCUCUGAAUUGCGAGGACGGUGGCGUGCACAUAUACCGCCCGCUUCUCGAGUUUGACAAGGACAGGCUGAUUGCCACGUGUGAAGCAAACGGCGUCCGGUGGUUCGAGGAUCACACCAACACGGACCCGACCUUGACCACCCGCAACGCGCUACGUCACAUGGCGAGGUCCUACAAAUUGCCCGAAGCGCUCCAAAAGCCCGCCAUUCUGGCAUUGUCACAGAGGGCGAAGCAAAGGGCCAAGUUUGAAGAGGCAGAAGCACAUCGCCUGCUGGUCCGAGAGGCGGUCAUUCAGGACUUUGACCCCAACGCAGGCACCCUGCUCAUCGAGCUUCCGUCUUUCCAGACCAGUGCGACGCGGACGAGGCGCCUCUUUGCGGCGGCAAGGGACGAGGCGCGCAAGCCCCGCCGCCGGGCGAUUGCAGCCAUCGCGGUGCGCAAGCUCGUUGAGUUUGUGACGCCUUAUCUCCACUCGCCGCCUCUAGCCAAUCUCGACAACGUGGUCGAUCGGCUUUUCCCAGAGCUGUCGUCGAGCCCUGACGGCGAGAUACCCAAGGCGUUCUCGAUCGCAGGGGUUGUUUUCGAACCAGUCCUUGGCCCGCAGUCGACCAGAUGGUUUCUAUCGAGGGCCCCGUACAAGUCUAACCAGCCGUUACCGGAGAGGAAGCUGCCAGGUUAUCUGAACUACAAACUGUUGUCCGCUGCCGAUGGGUUCAGGGGGCCACAGGUGCGACACGGACACUGGCGCAGCUGGAAGAUGGCCAAGAUCUGGGACGGGCGCUUCUGGAUACGUGUUAGCGCCUGUGUGCCGGCAAGGUUUCACAUACGACCGUUGCUGCCGCAGUUUGCCAGGCAGUUUCGACUGGCCUUGCCGCAGAAAGAGAGAGGCCGCUUCGAAAGGAUUCUAAAGUACUACGCCCCCGGCAAGGUGCGAUACUCGCUCCCCGCGCUAUACAGCGUCGAGGCUGGCAAGGGAGCUGACGCAGCCACGCCUGCGUUGACACUACUCGCACUCCCGAGCCUCGGCAUUCAUAUCCCCGGCCUGGAGCGAUGGGUAAAGUACGAGGCCAGGUACAAAAACGUCGACGUCUCCCUGCUGGGCUUGAAGAGACGAGGAGGCGAGCGGCCUGUCGUUGGAUACCGGUCUCGCAGCAGCAGGUCUAGGCGGGUGCGUACAAGGCGUUUGGCGAACCACAUGGGCAUCCGCGACCGCGCAUGA